CAAAGUGUUCCUCCGUCACAUACCAACGAACACCGCCAACCAGCCGACAAAGAUAGCAAUGGCUCCGAGCGUUUGGUCACAAAAACAUUCUGCGAACCACAACCAACUCUUUACGAUUAGAACACAUAGCGACACUAAUUGCGACGACACCUGUUCACAACAAACACCUAAGUAGAAAACAACCAAAGGGUGAAACAAUCACUAGCCUAAUAUCGAAACGAGUCAUCACAGUAUUCUUCCAGCAAACUUUGUACCGAACCUAGCAAUGGCUCCUUUGGCAUCCGCGUCUCCGAAAAAGGGAGACGGGGCGAACGGGGCGAACGGUAACAAGAAAACGAGACACUCCCCCAGCGUCGCGUCCAAAAAAGAAUUCGGAGAAAAGAUUUCCAUCCACAAACCGGAUUUCCAAUCGAUGGAGAAGAGCUCGAUCCGUAGGGUGACCCUGGCUAUCGCAGGCGACAACGAGAGCGAUGCCGAACACGAACACGACAACAGCCGGCGAAAGGGGCAGCAUUUCCCACCCAGCAUGCUCAUCCCCGUGCUCCCGAGCCACGUGCCAACCCCGCAGACCAUCGGAACGAACGACGAGCCGUGGGCCAAGUACAAGGUAGAGGAUGCGUUCCACCACAUCCAGACCAUAUUUUCUCGGGGAGGCGGGAACAGCGAAGGGAACACCAGCGAUGGUGGCAACGCCAACGGCAGCAACACCAUUAGCCACGACGGACCCAUCAAAUACGCGCCGUCUCCGAUCACGCCUCCACAAUCGCCGGUGUCUAGAAAAGCGACUGUGACACUCGACCUGACACCCACAGCAACGACGACCACCAGAUGGGGCGCCGAUUUCUGGAAUUCUCACAAGAAAAAAAACACAAACAGCCCCACCAGCACGAUGACCAAUAGCCUUGACGUCUCCCAGUCUCCGAGCAGCGACAAACACAGCAAAAACAGUGCCGGUGGCAACGAAGGCAACACCACUACMAACGACAACAGUAGCAACUACAAAAACCAUCCCAAUAAAGAAUCGAUACCGGCCGAAAACAACAAGAUUUUUGACCAAGAAACCGACGACAACCAUUUUGAUUGGGCAAAACAAGAUGCCUUUUUGAGAGAGGUCAUGGCACGGAAACGAGGCAGAAGGCCACCGAGUUGCAGCAACGGCAACAAACAGCAGCCCCCAGCUCGAUCAGAGGAAGGUGUCGUCGCCACGAAUACGGCUCUGUCGCAGCCGUCGAAGCGGCCGCACUCGCCCCCGGGGAGCAACACGGUUGGAACGAUUGGCGGCUCCCGCGCGAAAAAGACCGCGGCCUCAACGAGAACGAAGGCGGACAGUUCGAGGCCGCUGCCGUCAUCGGUUCUGCCCUUUUCCAACCACAAGCAGCCACCGACCCCCCUGCAGCUCCAGUGGAUGCACGAAAACGCUCUCAAUCUACAAGGUCACUGCCGAAAAAACUCGUACGGGAUAUAGAAGCGACAGAAUCAAAUCGAGUACGAUUUGAGGAGUCGUCUUCGCAACGACCCGGGCGGUUUCGGUUUCGUGAGAUUUGUGCUCGCGGUUCUGAUCUAGAUCCAAGGGAUUGUGACAAUAGGUGAUUCAUAGCAAUAGAUUUGKGGAUAAACAAUGCGCGGGACAAGAAGUAUACUCUGCAAUAUCAUUCUCCAUCAUUUAAAAAAAUAGCCAGCAACCUUUUUUUGGAUUUCGAAAGAACUAUGUAUAAAUCAAUCCCUCUUGCCUAUCGAUGGUACUASGCGUUUUAAAACAAUUGCAUGCAGUCAUCACAGGAUGAUUUUUAUUCAAAUUCUUUUUAAGAAGACAUAAGGACAACCCAUUCAAGCCCCGUUUGUUAUCUCAUUCCUAAAAAAGAACGAUGGUCAAAAAUAAAUAUGGAUUAUGCCG